AUGUUUUUUGACAAAAACAAGAACGAACGUCAACGACCUCCUCCCUCCCCUCGAGACCCGAAUAAAUUUCCGGCGACUCAACUGUUCUUGCUCGCUCUCGUCCGCGUUGCUGAGCCGAUCGCUCUCACAUCCAUCUUUCCAUACGCGUGGCGACUCGUGCUUCAUUUUCACAUCGGUGCAAAAGAGAAUGCAUCAUUCUAUGCAGGACUGCUCAUCUCCGCCUUCGCAUUGGCGGAGAGCAUCACAGGAAUGUUUUGGGGAGGCUUGAGUGAUCGUAUAGGCAGGAAGCCUGUCCUGUUGAUGGGUUGUCUAGGUACCAUUGCCUCGCUUUUGGUCGUUGGUUUCUCGCCGAACUUCUGGGUUGCGCUAUUCGGAAGAUUCCUAGGUGGUGCGCUGAACGGGAACAUCGGAGUCAUUCAAACAAUGGUGGGAGAGCUGGUUGUGAACCCCAAGCAUGAGCCAAAAGCGUAUGCGGUCAUGCCUUUUAUCUGGUCUGUCGGGACGAUACUGGGCCCCUCAAUCGGAGGAUACUUUGCAUCUCCCACCGAAAGUUGGCCGGGCGCGUUUCCCUGGCACGGCAUCUUUGACAAGUUCCCAUACCUCCUUCCGAACCUGAUCUGCGUUGGUCUGAUGCUCGUGUCCGUGCUUGCAGGAUACUUUUGUCUCGAAGAAACGCACCCCGAUAUGCAACCCUGGAGCACCGCGAAAGACCUCGCAGAGACCGAAGCAGAAACGCCCAUCAUGCCUGCGCAGGCUGGAACUACAACGCCAGCUGUCAAUCUCUCCCAGGAAAGUUAUGGUACCUUCAACGCAGUCAGCGAGGAAGAAGCGAUUGAGGAGUGGGAUCUCAAUCCUGACGGAACGAGUCGAACACCUAGCGUACACAGCGCCAACGACAACAAGGUCUUCACAAAGCAGAUCAUCAUGCUUACAAUCGCUUUGGGAAUCUUUACUUACCACAGCAUGACAUACGACCACCUUCUACCGAUCUUCUUCCAAGAUGACCGAGCAUCGCUCAGUGGCGAUAUAAUGCAAGCGGUCUCGAGCGACGGCUCAUUCGCUGGCGGCCUCGKACUGAGUGUCAAAGAUGUUGGAGUCAUCAUGUCGUUCAACGGGAUCAUUGCGCUUUUCGUCCAAGCACUAAUCUUCCCGCUCAUCUGCAGCUGGCUGGGUGUAUGGAAGACAUUUCUGCUGUGCUCCCUCGGCCAUCCUCUGGCAUACUUCAUCGUGCCUUAUCUGGUUUUCCUGCCCGAACAUUUGCUCUACCCCGGCAUCUACGUCUGUCUCACGAUCCGCAACAUCUUCUCGAUCCUGGCAUACCCACUUCUCUUGAUCUUGAUCAAAGAGGCAUCUCCUAGUUCGAGWUGUCUUGGGCGGAUCAAUGGUCUGGCGGCUUCCACCGGGGCGGCUUGCCGAACGAUGGCGUCGCCCAUUGCGGGUUUCCUGUAUGGGGUUGGCAUCCAAAUGCAGUUCACUGCGAUUGCAUGGUGGGCUUCUGCUUUGGUGGCGAUGAUCGGCGCUGUACAAGUCUUCUGGAUUCGAAGGAAUAAGAAAGGAACACAACACCGAAUUCAAGGCGUGGCACCUUGUCGCUUCAUGCCGGAUCAGGCGCAUCGAGAGCACAGGCCGAGCGUUGUCCGUAUCAAGGUCAACGAAUCAGACAGUGGCUAUUCAAGCGUGGAUGAGGCAACGCCGAUUUUGAGGCGGGCAUGA